GUUUUUCUUCGGCUUCUGCGAGGUCCCGCCUCGCAGAACAAGAAAGCCCGUCGCUUCUCAAUCCCUUCUUUCUCAUAAACACACGCAAAGAAAAGAAUUUAUCUUUGUUGCUUUUAUCGAAAUUUUUGAUUUUAGGGUUUGAGAAGUGGUUUGUGAAUUAGCUUUGUGGAAAAAAGAAAAUGGAGUUGCCUAACUCUAGAGUGAAUUCUCCCAUGGCCAAGAGGCUAUGGAAUGUGCUGAGGAUCUCUUUCUUCAUGAUAAGGAAGGGGAUCAUGUCAAAGAGGAAGUUGAUCAUGGACAUGAACAUGAUGAUGAAGAGAGGGAAGCUCAUGAGGAAAACCCUAACCAACCUCCUCUUCCACCACCACCACUCCAAGGCCGUGGCGCGCGGCGGCUCUGCCAUACGGGAAUACGAGUUCUCAUGCAGCAACAGCCCGAACCCUGUUUUUUUCCGCGUGCCGACACGGAACAAGCACCAUUUUUUUCCAUGCAUCAACCAUCCUCAAGUCAUAGAAGAAGAGGAAGAUCAAGAAGAUGAUCACGAAGAAGAGGCUAAAGCUGUCGCUUUAAUGCCCAAGACUCCGGAGUACGACUUCAGCUUCCAUUUCGGCGCCCCCGGUGAACGCGUAAACAAGGAAGACGAGAAGCUGAGCCCUCUACUGCUAUCUCCAUUCGCUGUAAGGGUCUCCAACUAUUCAUCGGAAGAUGAAGAUGAUGAAGGUGGGAAUUAUUGCGGAAGGGUCGAUGACGAGGCCGAGGAGUUCAUCGGGAGGUUCUAUGAGCAAUUGAGAAUGCAAACUCGGAUGCAACUUCUGCAGUAUUAAGAGAACAUUGUGCCGUAUCUCGAAGAAUGAAAUCAUCAGCUUAAGCCCGAAAGGUGAGAGUACAGGUGAGCAUGCCACUGUACAUCCGCCUUAUCUGGUUCGGUUCGGGUUGAGAUUAUGCAGAUGAAGAUGGCCAUCGCUUGGGCAAGAUUAAACUUUUAAAUCCCGAUCUAUCGAAACAGUGAUGAUAUAUAUAUACACACUGGUUUUCUAUGUAUACCGUGAAUUGGUGGCGUCGUGCGUGUAAAUUUCUCUGAGUUCUUUCCUUUCCCUCCUACAUAACACGGUCUUAUCGCUU